CGCGGGAAGAGACCAGGCCGGCCGCGCAAGAGACAGGGCAAAGGGGGGACCGGACUGGGCAUGCGCGCUGCACCGGCCGCAUUCCCACCUGGCGGAUGCGUCGAAAAUGACGUUUGUGGGCGGGGCGAUGACGUCAGAGGGCCGGGCGGAGAGCGGGGCGGGGCUCGUGCUCACGUGGCGCGGACGCGACGGAGAGCAGGUAGGGGGAGAGAGAGCCGGGGAGGCCCCCCCAAAGCAGAACCGGGGACCCCUUGCAAAGAGCCCCCCCAACCCUGAUCCGCUGCCCCGGGAAAGGGGCGGGGGGCGGGUCCAGGCACGUCCCUCGAGGGGAGGGCUCGGGGAGACCCCCUUGCGCCCCCCACCCGCCCCCAUGCCGGGCCGGAGCAGCCGAGCGCAGAUGGUCCGAGGCGCCUGCGGUGUAAGUAGCUGGAGUGGGGGCCCCUAGACCCCCCCAUCACGCCUUCUGGGGGGCAGAAAGCCGGCCUGGCUGGGGGGCUGCUUUCUGGCUCAGUGCAGGCCUGGGGGGGGGGUAAUGGGGUCCCUGCCACGCCCCCAAGCCCCCCACUUUCCUCCCCCAGGUCCUUCUCCUGGCGCUGCUGAUGCUCCCUCUGCUGCGCACGGCCUGCCAGCUCUUCUCCUCCAUGGCCGCCUCCGCUGGGGGCCCCUACGUCCCCGGGACCCUCUCGGCCGCCUUCGUCACCUGCCCCAACCAGACCGUCGCCAAGGAGAUUGCCAGGUGAGCCCCGCCUGGGGGGUUGGGAUGGAUGACCCCUGGAGUCCCUCUCCAAUCUGCUGCUCCAGUUGGAAAGCAGGGCCACCCUGGGAGCUUCCUUCCGCCUUGCCCCCCCCCCGACUGAUGGCGAGGGGGGCUCUGGCCGGCCCUGAGGGUCUCUCUCUCCCUCUGUCUGCCCACCCCGCAGGGCCGUCGUGGAGAAGAAGCUGGCAGCCUGCGUCAACAUCGUCCCCCAGAUCACCUCCAUGUGAGUGAGGAGGGCCAACCCUCCGCCCAGCUCAGGCGUGGGCCAAGGUGGGGCUGCGAGGCGGCAGGGCACCCCAGAGAAGGGGGGCGGGGGUACACCACCCACCCACCUCCCCAAACCCAGGCUGAGGGUUGGGGUUGGACUAGAUAACCCCUGGGGUCCCUUCCAGGAUUCUGGGGAUUUCCUUCCUGUGCAAUUUCAUUUCGUUAUUAUAUUUACAUACUUUAUUAUUAUUAUAUACAUUUCAAUUACUCCCACCAGGAACUCCGCAAGGGGGAAAAGCUGGGCCCGGGCCCCUUUGCACCCUCUGCAAAAGGGCUCCCCCCCUUCCUGGGGGGCAUCACAAGCCACACCCUCUUUUUAUUUCAUCACAUUUCUGCAUGGCCCACCCUUCCUUCCUGGGUGCCAUAUGUGGUUCUGCUGCCCCUCACAACGGCCCAGUGAGGCAGGCCACGGCCAAGAAGGGGCUCCCAGGCCCCUCGCCUGAUGCUCUAACCACUGCCCCACCGCUGCCUCCCCAUCUCUCUGUCUCUCUUGCAGCUACGAGUGGAAGGGCAAGAUUGAGGAGGACUCGGAGGUGCUGCUGGUGAGUCCCUCGGGCCCCUGCUGCCCCCCUCCCUAUAGGUCCACAGAGGCGAGGGGGAAAGCGGCCUCCAAACGCCCAGCUGCAUCGCCUGGUCCUUGGACUGCUGCAGUGUGCUGGGGGGCAGGGCAGCCGCCCAUUAAGGAGGUGCUGUGUUGGGCACCUGGGAGGGAUUUCUGGCCUGGCGCCCCCCCAGGCCAGGAGGGGGCAGAAGCAGCCCAGAAUACGUUGGGAGGCUGCUCAGAGCAUCCCCUCUAACCAUUGGGCAUCACUUCCAGUCGAUGAACGCUUUGCAUUCAGAUCCUUCCUCUCCCCCCAACAGAUGAUCAAGACGCGCAGCUCUCGUGCCUCGGCCCUGGCAGAGUUUGUCCGGUGAGUCGCUUGGGGGUGAGGAUGGCCGGGGGGACACACAUUGAAGGACCCCCACUCCAGCCCCGCUGUGAGGUGACGCCCCCUUUUCUGCCCCUGCAGGUCGGUGCACCCUUACGAAGUGGCGGAAGUGAUCGCUGUCCCCAUCCAACAGGGGAACCCUCCCUACCUGCAGUGGGUCGAGGAAACUGUCCCAGAGUGAAGCGGAGUGGCUGGGGGCCAAGAAGGAGAGCAGAAAUAAACACCUCUCCGCCCCUGCCUGGUGGGGAGAAAGCCAAG